AUGGAGGCGAUGGACUUGUCGGCGCGCAAGCGACUGCGCGACCGCCGAGCAAAACAGGCGGCCCGCGUCCGCUUCUUGGCCGAGUACAAUGCGCUGACGGACGCCGCUGCGGCCAUGAGACGCACGCUGCGGGGCUUCAGUCGGGCCAUCGACCUCGCAGCACUCGCCGAUGCAACGCGGGACAGCAUCAUGACGAAUCGAACGUUGGCGGCCCACGUGGCCGACCACGGACACCGUGUCGAGCUCCUACGUGCAUGGGUGACGGCCCAAUCUCGACCGCAAACGGUGGUCCUUGGCACGUCGACGCUGGUCACGUGGCCGCGCGUACGGCUGCCAGCGGCGCCCCGCACUGUCCGCGCCUUGGCGCUCGAGUGGCUCGCCGAGCGUAUGCGGCACGCAACGGCCUAUAUGGACGUCCAUGGCCGCAUCACGGCCUUCCAGCACGUCGUAGCCGGGUCCCUCGACGACGCUGUGGCGGCGACAUGGACUACCCUCGUAUCGAUUGGUCCGCGCACGAUCGUGUCUACUUCCAAGAAUUCGACGACCGAGGUGACGUACUCGAUGCAGCAGGCUCGGACCCCCCAGCGCGAUGUCCACGCAUGCUUUGUCCAAGAAGGCAAGACCACCUUGUUGAGUCGCCCCGCCACGCGCCACGCGUCCAUGCUUGCGUUCGCAAGCCUCGAGCACCCGGACGUUUUGCCGAUGCUGCGGCGAGGCAGGAGCGAGCAUCUCGAGGCCGAGCUCCAGCAGCGACUGGGUCUCAAGGCGACAACUUUGGCACAGGAACGGUACUUGCGCAUCGAGUCGCUCUUGUGCGAGGCGCAAGCUCAGAGAUGCCGAUUGCUGCGACCGUGUGCCGACCCGUGA